AUGUUAAUUUAAGCGAUGAUUAAUAAAACAAUAAUAAGCAAUAAAAGAAAUAGAAAGAUUUCUCUAUAAUUAAAAUUUAAGAAAUAAAAGGAUUAAAAAUAAGUUGAUGAUACUUUAAUGAAAUAUCUUACUGAACAUCAAGGAUACAAUCUUAUCUAAUUUGGAAUCGUAUUGACGUUAUUCAAUAAAUUUCAUUUAGUUUAAUACCUUUAAAUACUCAUUUUAUGAAUUAAAUUUUAUCAAAAUUACUUUGUUAAUAAUUUAAUACUUAAGAAAUUGAAAUUCCUAAGUGUUUUGUAAAUCUUCUUUAAAGGUAGUAAUAUAGUUGGUUCUAAGUUUAAAAUUGAUAAAUUAAUAUGUGAAGGAGAUGGAAAUGGUGUUAAUAAUGUUAAAAAACUAUUAUUUCAGAUAAAAAAGGAGAAGUUGAACUUUAAUUUUAUUAAGAUGGUACUUUUAUUUGUCCUGGUGAUACAAUGCCAGAAAAUUUAAAUAUAAUUGAAUGAGCAAUUGAUACAACUUACUUUAAAGAUUAAGUAUAACUUGGUUUAGUUUGGUUGGCAGAAUUAUUUUAUGUUCCUGAAGUGA